ACUUCUCAAAGUGAUCUACGAAUGUUUUAAACUAUUUAAUUCCAUAAUUUGGCAAGAUAUUAAGAUUCUACAAGUCUUAAAAAUUUGGAAUAUUUUUACUUUACAAGUACUGUUAGCUAAAUUAUUGUUUAGUACAUAUUAAAGUUUUUAAAAAUUAUUUUGUCUCUGCAUGACAUACCCUCUUUAAAAUAGAAUGAGAUAAUACAUUAUUGGGAGAAAACAACUGAUAAGUUUGCAUAUGUAUAAAUAGAAUCAACGCGAAGGUUAAGUGAAAUACAUACUUAGUACAUAAAAACAAUAACAAAUUAAAUGUUAAUUAACACCGAAAGCACGACUCCAGGUACUUUAAAUUUCACAACCGCCAGAAAUAGCUUUGAAAGUUCCCCCUAUCGAUAGAAUAAUCGAAUGCACCCCCAAGUAGUUGUUGACUUCUGGGUCUUCAAUGUCACCAUCAUUAUCAUUCCAGUUUUCAAGCAGAUCACCUCAACAUGCCCAGUUUCAAAGAUAAAGUGAUUAUAGUGACCGGCGCCAGUUCGGGGAUCGGAGCGGGUACUUCAGUCCUCUUGGCCAAGCUCGGAGGCCUGCUGACCAUCGUGGGCAGGAAUGUGGAUAAGCUCAAGGAGACCGCGGAUCAGAUAGCGGCAGCUGGAGGGGCGCCUGCCCUUCAGGUGGCGGCGGAUAUGAACAGCGAGUCGGAUGUGCAGGGUAUCGUCUCCGCCACGUUGGCCAAGCACGGACGCAUCGACGUGCUGGUGAACAAUGCCGGGAUUCUGGAGCUGGGCAGCAUUGAGAACACCAGUCUGGAGCAGUUCGAUCGCGUCAUGAACACCAAUGUGCGGUCCGUCUACCAACUGACCACUCUGGUCACGCCGGAGUUGGUCAAGACCAAGGGCAACAUCGUGAACGUGUCCAGUGUCAACGGCAUCCGUUCCUUUCCCGGUGUCUUGGCCUACAACGUCUCCAAGGCGGCUGUGGAUCAGUUCACCAGGUGUGCGGCCCUGGAACUGGCUCCCAAGGGAGUCCGUGUGAACUCCGUGAAUCCCGGCGUGAUCAUCACCGAGCUGCAGCGACGAGGUGGACUGGAUGAGGAGGCGUACAAGAAGUUCCUGGAGCACGCCAAGAUCACCCAUGCCUUGGGUCGCCCCGGAGAAGUAAAGGAGGUGGCUGCGGCCAUUGCCUUCCUGGCCAGUGAUGAGGCCAGCUUCAGCACAGGAAUCAGUCUGCCCGUGGACGGAGGUCGCCAUGCCAUGUGCCCAAGAUGAGAAUCUACUUACUUAGCCAAAAUGCAUUUAUUUGCCUCCAAAGUUUGGAUGGCCAGUAUUUUAACAAUAUUAAAAAACAUUAAGCAAAUCUUA